GAACCAAUGGAUCCCAAACCAAGCAGGAAGGAAAAGAAGAUAUUUGGCCUGAAAGUGAAGAAGAAGAAGAAAGACAGCACUGACCUGGUCCUGGCAAACAAAGGAGCCCUGGACAGUGAGGUCGAGGCUUCCUCAGAUGCAUCUCUCGUACAGGAAGGGGAAACCCCAGAAGACCAGCCUCUCAUUAGAAGAGCAAUAAAACCAAACACAAAGAGAGCCAAACUUCAAACUCGCAUUCAGGACAGCGAAGGAAAACCUGAGAGCUUCCAGAUUGGCGUUAAUAUCACAGAAACCAGACAGCUGGUGGGGGAAAACAUAGACCCCAGUGUGGUGAUUGAGAUUGGAGACGAGAAGAAACAGACGUCCGUCAAGGAAGGAACAAACGCUCCAUUUUACAAUGAGUACUUCGUCUUUGAUUUCUUUGCCCAUAAAGAGAUCUUCUUUGACAAAGUCAUCAAGCUGACGGUUGUUCACUCAAAGAUGCUGAAGACGUUCUGCGUGGGGUCCUUUAAACUGGACGUUUGGACAGUCUACAAACAGCCAGGUCACCAGUUUGUCAAUAAGUGGGCAAUGUUGACCAAUCCUGGCGACAUUAGCACUGGUGUCAAAGGAUACGUUAAAUGUGACAUCAGUGUCUCAGCUAAAGGUGACGCCGUGCAGCCGGGACAAAAAGCAAGUGAUGCUGAAGAACAGAUAGAAAAGAACCUCCUGAUCCCAGAGGGGCUUCCCUCUGAACGGCCAUGGGCCCGUUUCUGUGUGAAGGUGUACCGAGCCGAAGGCCUCCCUCGGAACAACUCCAGCAUUAUGGCCAACGUCACGAAGGCCUUUAUAGGAGACAACACAGCACUCAUUGAUCCAUAUGUCGUCGUCAGCUUCUUCAAACAAGUGGGUCGCACAUCCACCCAGAAGUCUUCGGCAGACCCCGUGUGGAACGAGCAGAUUGUCUUCACUGAGAUGUUUCCUCCUCUGUGUCAGAGAUUAAAGAUCCAGGUCUGGGAUGAGGGGAGCAUGAAUGAUGUUGCCAUAGGAACCCAUUACUUUGACCUACGGCGCAUCUCCAAUGAACAAGAUGGAGACAAAGGGUUUUUACCAACUUUCGGUCCUGCUUGGAUCAAUCUGUACGGCUCAGCUCGAAACUUCUCUUUGGGCGAUGACACAGGGGAACUCAAUGAGGGCAUCGGCGAGGGAGUCUCCUUCAGGGGCAGGGUCUACUUAGAACUGACAGUAGAGAUCCUGUCUGGGGGCACAGGCUCAGACUCCAAACUCAGUCGGAUGAUUAAACCUGUCAAAGACGCAAAAGCAGGAAAAGCUGGUGGGAAGGAUGCUAAGUCUUCUGCUGGAGGCGGAGCAGGAGGAGGUGCAGGGGCAGCUGAUGACGACAAAGGAAAAGCAGGAGCAGCCGAGGUCCUACCUGUUGAUCCUCCUCCGGUGCCAGCUGAAGAUGAUGAGACCUUCCUGCUUUUUGGUGCUUUGUUUGAGGCCACCAUGAUCGACCGUAAGAUUGGAGACAAACCCAUCAGCUUUGAGUUCUCCCUCGGUAACCAUGGCAAUGUCUUGGAGUCUUCGGUCCAACCAAGUGCUGCCAGUCCUGCAGUGACUCGGAGGAGAAAGGUGCUGGACCUCCCGGACAGCAGUGAUAUUUUUGGCUCCUCCCUCACCGUCCCGUCCUCAUCGCUCCUCCCCAGAGAUCCCUCUGAUUCGUGCGGAGCCUCAAAAUCCGCCACACCUCCAGAGAAACCACUCAUUGUCGAGGGAAACAGACACUACAUGUAUUUGCCCCUGGAGAAGAAGAAACCCUGUGCCAGUGUUGUGAGCUCCUGGGAGGACAGAACCUACCGGCUCUACAACUCCAACAUGCUGGAAAAUAUCGCUGUGCUGUUUGAGGAGGGUGUGUGUGUUGCUGCAGACCUUCAUAAGAAGUUGGACCCAGCGGCUGAGGCAGCUUUAAGGACAGCGCUCAGAGAUUUUUGUUUGGAUGCCAGGAAUUUUAUUGCCGCUGCGGAGGCCAAACUGAAGGCAGAGCUGAAGAGCAGCUACCUGACAAUCCUGGACAAGAAACGUCUGACCAUGUGCAAACAAGAGCUGGAGAGCAUGGUAGGAGAGGCUGAGAUGCUGGGAGGCAGGAAAACAGCAGCGAGAGGAGUGAAAGAAAUGCUACAAGAAGCAACUAAGCUUGAGCAAAAACUACGCUUCCUCGUGGAGGAGCCCCAACACACAGUCCCAGACAUGUUUGUGUGGUUGCUAAGCAAUAACAAACGUGUUGCUUACGCCAGACUUCGAACCAGAGACCUGCUUUACUCCAGCAACCGGGAGGCCAGAGGAAUUCUCUGUGGGAAGAUAGUAACGCUGUUUCUGAAGCCUCCAGGGAAGCGGCCUGCAGCAUUGUCAGUCCAAGCCAAGUUGGAUGUGUACCUGUGGUUUGGAGCUUGCUCAGACUCCAGCCAUAUGCUGGAUGACCUGCCUGCAGGACACAGACCAGACACAGAGGGCGCCGACACCAACAGCCCUCCUUCUUACCUGCUUUGCAUGGAGCAGCACAAGUUCCAGCUGCGGUGCCACAUGUAUCAGGCUCGAGGUCUGAUCGCCGCAGACAACACGGGACUGUCCGACCCAUUUGCGCGAGUCACGUUUCUCUCACACAGCCAAACCACCAAUAUCAUCAGUCAGACUCUCAGUCCUACAUGGAACCAUUGUUUGCCAAUGAGCUCCCUUCUGUUGAGUGGAGACCUGCAGCACAUUCAGCAGGAGCCUCCUCACGUUGUUGUCGAGGUCUACGAUGAUGACGCUCUGGGAAAAGCAGAGUACCUGGGAGCCACGGUGGCAGUCCCUGAGGUGCGCUUGGCCUCUGAACCCUACACCCCCCCUCUUCUGCAGUACAGUCCACUUCACUGUGGCAGCCAGUCAGGAGGAGACCUGCUGGCUGCAUUUGAACUGCUGCAGAUUUCUGAGUUUGGCCAGAUGAGUCUGCCAGAGUUAGAAGAACAGGAAGGAGGCAUUUAUACUGUUCCUGCCAACAUCAGGCCAGUUCUCAGCACCUACAGGCUGGAGGUUUUGUUCUGGGGACUGAGGGAGCUAAAGAAGGUUCAGCUCCUGUCUGUUGAUCGGCCACAGGUGUUCAUAGAGUGUGCAGGUAAAACUCUGCGCUCCUCAGUCAUCCAGAAGUACAAAUCCAACCCAAACUUCACAACACUGUUAGACGCCAUAGAGCUGGAGUUACCAGAAAACGAACACCUCCAUCCUCCUCUCAGCAUCACCGUCGUUGACUGGCGGGCCUUUGGCCGCAGCACACUGGUUGGAAACCACAUCAUCAACAACCUCAAGGCCUUCAAGUACACUCCAGCUCCCCCUCACACAGUUCAGCUACACAAACCACCUGAGGUCACACACACCCCAAGACCCUCCCUGACUCCAGAGCCACACAGUGUUAAGGGGCUGUCUCAGGAAGCUAUGGAGACCCGUUCAACUGUGACCCUAACUAACCAGGACUUCCUCAUUACUGUGGAGGAUGAAGCGCCGCUUCCAGCUCCGCCCACACCAAAGUCACAACCCAAGAAGAAAAGGGAGAGGAGCUCAAAGAGCAUCCACCGGUCCACCAAGAGGAGGAGGCGAACCAUCGCUGACGAGUCUGCAGAGUCCGUCAUUGACUGGUGGUCCAAAUACUACGCUUCUGUGGACAAACAGGCUAAACAGAAGGACAGCUUCCAACUACCUAGUGUGUUUGACAAAGUGUUUGACAAAGCUUCACCAUACCACAGCUUGCUCAGCGAUGGAGUAGACUCUCUGGUCAGCAGCCAAUCAGAUGGAGACAAGAAGAAGAAACAGAAAGGAAAGGAGACACUGGAGCUCAGCUAUGUCUUGCCUACUAAAAUCGCAACACUUAAGCUGUACAGUAARGAGCUGGAGGCAGAGUUUGGUCCAUUUGAUGAUUGGGUCAGCACAUACGAGCUGUUCAGGGGGAAGGCCAAUGAGGACGAGGGUACGUCUGAUGAGAGGUUUGUUGGGAAGUUUAAGGGUCGAUUCUGCCUCUAUAAGCUAAGUGAUGAAGACGAAGAGGAUGGGGAAGAUGUCGUGGACACAGGCCACUACAGGGUGAACAGAGGAAUCCCCCCAAACACUUCAGUCCAAGUUCUCAUCCGGGUUUACAUCGUCUCUGCAUCCAACCUGCAUCCAGCCGACCCAGAUGGGAAGGCCGACCCUUACAUUUUUCUUCGCCUUGGGAAAAAUGAAAUCAAAGACAGAGAUAACUACAUACCAAAACAGCUGAACCCUGUUUUUGGACGGUCCUUUGAAAUGCAGGCCACGUUUCCUCAGGAGUCUCUGCUGUCGUUGCUCAUUUAUGACUAUGACCUGGUGGGAGGCGACGACCUGAUUGGAGAGACUCGCAUUGAUCUGGAGAACCGCUUUUACAGCAGGCACAGAGCUACAUGUGGACUCCCUAGCGAGUACAGUCUAGGGGGUUACAAUGCCUGGAGAGACUGCCUGAAGCCAUCAGAGCUGCUGGCAAAAAUGUGCAGAGACAACGGAGUGGACGGUCCUCAUUUCAGUCCAGGACGCAUCAUCGUGGCUGACAAAGUCUUCACAGGGAAGACUCUCUACAUGCACGACGACGAGCCGGUGGAGUCGUAUGAGCACCUGUCUCUGAAGGUCCUGCACCGCUGGGCAGAGAUCCCAGCUGUGGGAUGCAAACUGGUACCAGAACACAUCGAGACCAGAACUCUGUACAACAAGGCCCGGCCUGGAAUGGAUCAGACUCAGCGCCGUCCCGACACGUCCUUCUCCUGGUUUGUCAACCCUUUCAAGUGUUUUUUCCACCUGGUGUGGCGCAACUACAAGAAGUACAUCAUCAUCGCCCUGGUCCUGCUGAUCACUGUGCUGUUCCUGGCCCUGCUGUUCUACACGCUGCCAGGAGCCAUCUCUCAGAAGAUUAUCAACGGAUAA